AUGCAACGACAUAUUAUUUUGGGUGAUAGGCGAAUUUUGAGUCUUGGCAUUAGGCAAUUUCAUGUUUUGAAUUGGGCAGGGAUACGUGAUAAAGGAAGUUCUAGUGAUUUGUUGAAUUUACUCUCAAUUGAUAAAGAUAUUGAGAGGAAUGUAAAUGACCGGAUAAACACAUUAGAGAGUGUGCAUGAUGCACACGUACGAGAUAUUCAGCGGCUUGAAAGUAAGUUGGGGUAUAUUGAAAAGAACAUUGGAUUUUUGAUGGGGAAGAGAGACAACAAAAAGCUGCAAAUUGAAGAAUUAUUAAGGUUACCAACCUGGAAGGUGUACGAGAUAGUUAAAGUUAAGUGCCAUGGUGAAAAUGUAAAUGAGGAUGAGAUAAUUAUGUUAAUAGCACACAUGAUUUUUCGGAAUUCCUUCACUGUUGAUAUGUUCUCAAGAGUAAUUAUGAGGUUAAGCUAUUCCAAUGUUAAAAAAGUACAUGAGAAGUUGGUCAAUGAUCCUGCAGGUAUUAUUAAAGGAUGGAAUGAAGGCUACAGGUGCCGGGUAUUAAGUGGGCUGGCGUUAACAGCGAGGUAUAAGAUGCUCAAAGAUUAUGACAGUGCAAGACGUAUAGUCAUUAGUGAAUUUAGGGAAGUUUGGAUUAAAGGUUUGAUUGCCAAGCCCAAUGAAUUUAAAGGUAACGAUUUGAAGAAUUUUGUUAACGUGGUCAAUGGGAUGGUUGAGUAUGCUUAUGUUGUAACUAACAUAGUCAAAGUCAAUGAUGUUAGGUUAGUGUAUACAUUUUGGGAGGAAAAUUGGAAUGAUAUGAUAAUCAAUGAAUGGCUAGAGAAGAAUGUAGAUAAAUUAAAUGAAUUUCAAAGGUUUAUUAUUCGAGCCUUUAAUAACCCUGUGAUUUCAACCAAUAGUGAGUUUAAAGGCAUAUUACUUGAUAUAUCAAAGAAGUUGAAGCUAGGUAUUUAUAGUGGAGAUGAUAUUAAUAGGGAGAAGUUUCAAGUUUAUCUUGAGCUCUUAAUCAAUGACAUUAUUGAGGGGAUAAAUGGAGACCCCGAGAGGGUUGGAUAUGUUAGAGACUUAAGGAAAGAGUUUGAAGGAUUUAAAAGCGACGAGCAUGAAGAAGAGCUUAAAGAGGUUUUCAAUGUAUGA